CCGAUAUCUCGGUUAUGCAAACGAAGUUGGUGAGGCAUUCCGAGCUUUGGUCCAUGUGAACGCUGUCCGUUUCAGCUAUGUCGUAGCUUGUAGCUACGUCAUGGCUGAUGCUAACCACAAGGGACAAAUCGCCGCUAAAAAAUCUGACGAAUCAAAUGUUACGAAGAACCGCAUGAUAGCCAUGGCAGACACAGUUGUUUGGCAAGGGCUGGCAUCUGUAGCAAUUCCUGGAUUUACUAUCAAUCGAUUAUGUGCCGGUACUAAUUACCUGCUGAAGAAGACAGCUUCGUUACCGGUCGGUGUUCGUCGGUGGACCACGACUUUUGUUGGUCUUGGUUGUAUCCCUUUCAUUGUGAAACCCAUUGAUCAUUCCGUCGACUUCAUGAUGAAUAACAGUGUGAGGAAGAUGUAUGUCGCAAAGCCGGAACCGAAGGGUGUGUUUCACCAUGAGAGAGCUGAUUAGAGACAGAAAACGGGUAGACAUUGUGUGUAUAUGUGUGAGGUGUGUAUGUGAGAGAGAUUUUGAUAUAGAUGGAUAGAUAAACUAACACACACACACACACACACACACACACACACACACACACACACACACACACACACACAACACACACACACACACGUAUGUAUGUAUGUAUGCAUGUAUGUAUAUAUUCUAAAUGAUUGAUACAGAUAAUGGUGACAGAGAAUGAGCGGAAGAGUUAUUGAUCUAAAAGUUAUUUCUCAUAGCAAAUUAUGACUUUUGAUUAUUAUUUAUGGAUGACCUUCUCUUUGAGACACAGAUUUCAUAAAUCAAAUUCAUUUUUCUCAAGGAAACACCAUUUCAGAACCUUUCAAGGCUAAACAGACAUGCACAACCACAUACAAUUGCAUUUAUAUAGUGAUAUGUAUAAAUAUUUAUAUAUAUACCUGGAAGAUAUUCUUAGACAUAUUUUUAUAGAUUUUUCUCAUUUUUGUUGAUUUAAUUUAAUACAAAGCAAUUUUUUGUUAUAUCUUAACCUUUAUAUUAUUAAUUAUUGAAAACACAACAAAUUUUAAUAAACCAAUGGUAACCAAUGGUAACCAAUCUACUUACA